UUUUGCCUCAAACUUCGAACAAAUACAAGGGAACUGCCAAACAGAACAUUGUUUUGGAUCUUUUUGAAUCGAUACAUGUGUCGCUGCAUAUAAAAUGAGCUACGCUGAUUUAAGUGCCGCCUAAUUCUACAAUAUCAAGUGAAUUAGUGCAUUAUCGAGAAACACUCAGGAAUGGCUGCAAACGGCGAAGAUGAUACUUUCGAAGAAAUCGAUUUGGACACUCGAUUACGAGCUGUCAAGCGAGAGAUAGACGAAGUGGAUCUGGAACUGGCCCGGCUGACCAAACGUCGCAAGACGUUGGAGCAGUUGAGGGAGAAGUAUCGCCUUCAGAAGCAACAGCAAAGCUCGAACCAACUCGCCCAGAAAGAUUGGGACACUGAUGAUUUCAGCUGGUCCCCCAAAGUCGAUCGGGUGCUGAAGGAGGUUUUUCAUAUGAAAUCAUUCCGCGCUCAGCAGCUCGGUGCUAUCAAUGCUGUUCUUUCGAAGCACGAUGUCCUUCUGUUGGCUCCCACCGGUGGUGGGAAGAGCCUCUGCUAUCAGCUUCCGGCGUUGGUGGCGGAAGGUAUAACGUUGAUCGUGUCUCCCCUGAUCGCCCUCAUGGAGGACCAGAUUUGGGCUUUGAAGAAAAUCGGCGUUAAGGCUGAGUAUUUGAGUGCGACGAUGGACAAGGAUGUGGUAAAUUCGGUGCACAAACAUCUGAGAGAUGGUGACUACGAGAGUUUGAGACUCGUUUAUAUCACCCCUGAGAGAGUGGCCAAAAGUAAUAGGUUCAUGUCAGCAUUGCAAAAAUGCUAUAACAGUAAGAAGCUGGCUCUGAUUGCAAUUGAUGAAGUACAUUGUUGCUCACAGUGGGGUCACGACUAUCGCCCCGACUACAAACUGUUGGGCGUUUUCAAAAAAAUGUUUCCAGAUGUUCCGAUCAUUGGGGUGACCGCCACAGCCACGGCAAAGGUCAUCUCCGACGUUCAGAAGAUGUUGAAUCUCCGUGAAUGUCUCAUUCUGAACGCCCCGUUCAACAGACCCAAUCUAUACUAUCAUAUACUCGAGAAACCGGCCGAUAAAGAGGAACUUUACGAUAUGCUGGAAGAUCUGCUCCAUCGCAAAUAUCGCCACAUGAGUGGGAUCAUAUACACAUUUUCGGUGAAGGAGACCGAAGAAAUCUCAACGCAACUAUUGCAGCGAAACAUUAAAGUGCUCCCCUAUCAUGCCUAUCUGGAAUCGAAACAGCGGAGUAAAACGUAUCAGAAGUGGAUGGGAAAUGAAAUUCAAGCGGUGGUGGCGACCAUUGCCUUUGGGAUGGGUAUCGAUAAAGCGGAUGUUCGAUUCGUGAUUCAUCACACGAUGAGUAAAAGCAUGGAAAACUUUUACCAGGAAAGUGGCCGGGCUGGCCGAGAUGGGAAGCGAGCGGACUGCAUUCUGCUGUACCGGUUUAUGGACAUUUUCAGGCUGUCGACGAUGUCGUUCCAGGAAUACGAAGGGCUGAGCAAUCUGUAUUCGAUGGUGAAAUACUGUAUUAACGGGAAUGAUUGCCGCCGAUUGCUGAUCUCACGUCACUUCGCAGAAGUAUGGGACGACACUCACUGUAACCGUCUGUGCGACCGCUGCUACUUCCGGGACAAAGCCCAGCUACCGGAGCAGGACAUCACACCGCACUAUCAAACACUGCUAGCAAUUCUUCGGCGCGCCGAAACGCUCCAAACAAAACUGACCGCUCUCAAGCUGGUAGACGCCUGGUAUCACAAGGGUAGCCCGAAGAAUCGCCUGGAAACUCCUCCCCCGCUGAUGGAUCGAUACAUUGGGGAGCAAAUAGUAGCGUUCUUAAUUGUGAACGAUUUUCUCAAGGAAGAAUUUCAGUACAACGUGUACACAACGCUGAGUUACAUCGUGAAGGGAUCGAAUUUCGCUCCUGACAGCGGCAUCCGUUUCAGGCCGGCUCGAGUGCUGCGAGUUCCGAAAGAUUCGCUGAAGUCGACGAUGAGCAACAGAAGGAGGGAACCCGCGAGCGAUGAGGAUAUUUCUUUUGUGUCCGAGAGUGGUGGUGCGUCCGAUGGGAACUCUUCGAAGCGAAGGGUAUCGGAAUCCGGAGAGAGUACCGUAACAACCAAUGAGCACACAAGUACCGAUAGUGUCCCUGGAAAAGAUGGGGGACGGAGCAACGGAAUGAAACGGCGCAAGAAAACGACUUCCACAAAUCCAUUUGAAAGUUUAAAGACAGAAGAGCUUGAUGUUGAAAAAAGAUUAAGCGAUAUCAUAGAGAAAGAGAUGGACACAAGAGAUAAGGAUAACAGCCAAAAUGAGGAUGAAGACGUUAUGUUCGUUCCGCUCAAUGAUGAAAUUAUCGAAAUCGAUGAGUUAUGACAAUGAUCGAUUUUAUUGUUGACUUCAAACAAAAAGUAAAAUAUAUCGCUGAAAUGUGAUAAAUAUGUCUGAAAAAUACAACACUUCUUUCUUUACAUCGCCAAAAAGGGAGUUUUGCAGUUGAGUGCAUUGUUCCUGAAAUGGCCCAGGUUUUGGGUGGCCAUUUGUCGAUGUCGUCUCAUCGCUUCAUUAAUCUCCUGUGGUGUGAUUGGCUUCACACCAUCCACUCCCCGACCAUGGGUCACUUCCGGACACAGAUGUAGCAUAGUAUGAGAAGUACCUUCGAAGAAAAAAAAAACUCAUUAAUAAACGUGCGCUUCAAAUGGUAUCCAGAAAAAGUGAACCUGUUGAAGUCACUCGACUGUAAGGAUCCACUCCUCGAUUCGAUGAGUCCAGUCUCGUUAGGAUACAAAAAUCCACCAACACAGCAAUCGUUUCGUGGGCCAAAUAGGACAGCGUCAACAAGCAACUUUGCGAGAUAUUCACAUCCUCUGGAAAGUUCAGCCAAACCCGC